GCCCUUCUUCCUGUGGAUCCGUCAGCGACCAUGCAAAGCCUCCGGCACCGCGCGCAGCGGGAGCUCGGUGUGGGCCUCUGCCAGCUCGUCUCCUCGUCGGGCAAGAUCCUCCCAGAGCUGUCGACCAUCGGCGAGGUGGGCUUGAAGCAUGGCGACGUGCUGACCGCGGCAGUGAGGCAGCCUCAGAUCGCAGCCACGCUGUCUGCCUUCGCGCUGCUGCGUGCGGACGGGACUGCGGUAACAUGGGGCGAGAUGACCCAAGGUGGCGACAGCAGCGGCGUUCAGGAUCAGCUCGAAGAUGUUCUGGAAAUACAGGCUGCGGACUACGCGUUUGCAGCCCGACGUGCAGAUGGCCGUGUGGUAACUUGGGGCAGCCAGCAGGACGGUGGCGACAGCAGCGACGUGCAGGAGCAUCUUGUUGCCGUUGAGCAGAUUCAGGCGGCGGAGCGAGCUUUUGCUGCUCGACUGGCAGACGGUUCUGUGGUAACCUGGGGCGACAAGUAUGCUGGGGGCGACAGCAGCGCCGUUGGAAGUGAACUGCACCAGGUGCGGGAGAUCCAGGCUUCCCGGCUGGCCUUUGCGGCGCUGCGGGAAGAUGGAUCUGUCGUGUCGUGGGGACAUCCGGACUAUGCUGGAGAUAGUGGUCCGGUGCGGGAGCAGCUGAAGGAAGUGAAGCAGAUCCAG